AUGCCUGCACAGACCGAGUCUUCCACGACGCUCAAGCAAGCUGAGGUCGAGGCAAUCAUCCAGCACGCUUCUAAUGGCGAGCUGGAAGCUAUGCAGAGAAAGAUCAGAGAUGCGGCCGAGAACCUCAACACGUCCGUCUUUUCCAUGAUCACCAACCACGUCGUUGACGCUGGUGGCCAGACCGUCAUGCACCACGCCGCCGCCAACGGCCGCACCAACAUCCUCAACUUUGUCCGCAGAAACGGCGCCUCGCGUGAGGAAAAGGACAAGCGUGGAUGGACUGCGGUCCAUACCGCGUUCGCGGAGGAGAGACUAGGUGCAGCUAUGUGGCUGAUCCAGCAGGGUGCCGACGUCGAUGCGACCACGAAUCAGGGCAACACUGCGUUGCACUUGGUCGCGAAGCGUGACUGGUUCCAAGGCUGCGAGGCGCUUCUCAAAGCCAACUGCAACGCCACCGUCCACAACAUGAACGGCGUUCAGGCUUGGCAUGUGGCCGACCUCAAUGGGAACGAUGCAGUCAGUGCGGCGCUUAUGGAGAAGGGCUUGGGAUUUAUGGUACCCUACCCCGACUACGACUGGCAUGCAAUCGAAGAUGAGACGAAUGAGUACUACGAGUAG